UCCGAUCCUGAACCUUAAACUUCUCAGUAUCUCUUUGGACAGCGGAGAGCUGGCAAAGGCUGUGGUGUUGAAAGGUUGCCCCUCUGACAAAUAAAUGGCUCCGUCCACCCCUGUGUCUGGAUUGUCUCUUCCAUGCCUGCUGCUGCUGCUUCUCCUGGAGAUCCCUGGGGCCGGGGCCCAGGAGUUCCAGCUGCUGCAGCCCCAGGGCGCCGUGUCGGUGUCAGCGGGAGAGACUCUCACUCUGACCUGCUCUGUGACUGGGCUCGCUCCACCAGGACCCCUGAAGUGGUUCAAGGGCUCGGGCAGUGGCCGCCGGCUCGUUUAUUCAGACGCAGGAUCAUUUCCCCGGGUGACGCGGGCUGUGAGUGGCUCUGACACAGACUUCACCAUCCGCAUCAGUGACACCCGCUCCGAGGACGCCGGGAUCUAUCAUUGUGUGAAGUUUAAGAAGGGGUCGUCAGGAGCCGAUGAGGAGUUCAGAUCCGGCGCUGGCACGACCGUGUCUGUGAGCGGUGAGUGCGAGCUCCCCCCAGCCACACACCCCUCCCCACCGGGGGCUGGUGCCAGGGCGGGGAACAAGCCCAGCUCGGCCCAGACACUAACCGGGGAGCUGCGCUUCCCACCGAGACUGCAGCAAAGCGGGACCUGGGUUGAGACCAGCACCUGUCAGAGCCUGUUCUCCAGCCCAGCUCUUUGGAUUGGGCUCUUCCUGGAGAAGGUGCUGACUGCCGCCUUCCUCCUCUUCCUCUUCCUGAGAAAUAAAGAGUAACAAGCACCUGGUCUAUUUCCCAGUUUUCUCGCACUGUCGCCACCUGCCAACUUCUCAGUCUGCAGCCUCUGUCCCCGCAGUGCAGGAAACGAGUCCCUAGAUGGUGGAGCUGCAGUGACCCCUGCUGGCCAAUCAGAUGGAGCCCAGACCCCUGAUGGGAUGUACCCUCCACUCACUCAUGCCUACUGAUUGCGAAGCCGCUGGAAGGAAUCCUGACCGGGCUGCCUGUUCCUUUUAGCCCAUUGGUUCUCAAACUGGGGGUUGCGACCCAGUUGUGUGGGGUGUCGCAAGCCCCAACCCCUGGGUGGACUGCAAGCCCCGACCCCUACUCCCAUGCGGGGCUGCGAGCCCCAACUCUGGCCAGGUGCGAUGUUGUGAUCCCCGACCCCAACCAGGAGUGGAGCUGUGAGCCCUGAGCUGGGGCAUCCGGGACACUGUGAGCCCCGACCCCUGUACCUAGCCCUUUGCUUGGUCAGUGUCUCCUGCAGGGAUCUUCACCUCCCUGCAGCACUCCUCUGCCAGCUUCCACCUCCUGCUUCCCGAUCCCCUCUGGCUCCUUACCAGGGACACCUGUCCUCUGUCAGGCUCCAUCAAGGUUGAUAGUAAGGCACAGGUGGGCUGGAUCAGUGCCCUUUUAAAGAGCCCAGCCCACCCUGCCACAGUGUGUGUGUGUGCUAGGAAGGAGGAAAUUUCCUGCAGAGGAGCCACUGGAAAGGAAUCAAUGAUUCUUGUCUGUGGGUCCAGCCCUCUACCCUAUUAAAUACAAUAUUAACCUGAGAGCCCAGCUUCCUCUCUAGAGUAAAUUCUCAACUAUAUGCACUGAAUAUUAGUAUUUCCCGGGUGCUCAGAGUCCUGAGUCCAGACCAGUACGGCUGGAUGCAGCUGUUAUGCAAAUACGUGGCCCUUGCCUGGAAGAGCCUGCAAUCCAAUGAUGGGAUUUUUUAAAGGGCUCAGAAUUGGCCCAUCCCUGCUCCCAUUACAGUCAAUGGUAAAACUCCAAAAAAUGUGGUGGAAUCCUGACAGGCAACAAUGUGCAAACGUCCCUCUUUGCAUCCUUCGGCCAGCAAUGUUGGCACGGGUGCUUUAUCUCAUGGAACUCGAAGGGAUGGGCUGCAUGAAGCUUUGCAAGAGAACACGGGGCAGCAGUAGCUCCACUGUGAGAUGCCAGAUAUAUAAUGAGGAAAACCAGUUUAGUCUGCACAGAUCUGGAAGGAGGACACAGAGCUAACACAGUCCACUUCCUUCUGCAUUGGGGAGGAACUGCCUCUGAGCUCCAAGCUUCUCAGUACCUCUGAGAAGAGAUAACAACAGCAGCUGUGCAGAAGGGUCUCCCUUUACCAUCAAGCCAAGUGUCUGGCUUCUUUCUUUUGUGCCUGAUGCCAAUGCUUCUCUUGGAAAUUUCUGUUGAGUGUGAAACAUAUAAAUCACCCACAUUGACACAAACCAACUAGUCUGGUCUCUUGCUGUCCGCAAUUCCAGAUGCUUCCAAACCCUCCAUAAUGCAACAAUUGUGGCAUUUCUACCAUGAGGAGAAAGUUCUCCCUGACCCCAGGUGAUGCUCUGGGAUCUGGAGCAUGAGAAUUAAUAACCCUGUAGCUUUAGCUCAGCUGGUGUC